AACAACAGCCAAGUACGUCGAACAACAACGGAUGACCUGGCAAAAUUACACAACGCACUUUCGCGUUGGCGACUACCGGAUGCUUUUUUAUUGUGAAGGAGAGGCGGAUCUAUGUAUGAUCCCAUUAUAUCUUCUUGUUCCAUUGUUGAUUGUUCCCGAUACUUACUACUACUUUGUGUCAAGUAUAAAGACCAUGCAACGGCAUGCAUUUCGUACUCGCCGUGUUUAUCACAACCUCGUCAGUGACGAAGUGGACUGUGUCUGCUGCCUUCUUUCACUUCACUUUCUUUGCUUCCAACUUACGACUCGGCAUUGACUGCCAUCUUUCACAAGCUGGUCUUGGACAAAUCUUCGAAACACGCCUUCACCGCUGAAGUCGACGACAUACUAGUACAUCUACACCAUGAAGGUUUCCGUUUUUGUGACUCUCGUGCUCUCUUCCUUCGCCACCGCUCUUCCGAGCCCCAAGCGCCGUGGGGGAAGCUUUGUACUGCAGAAUGGUAUUGACGCGAUCAAUUCAAACAACCAGUUCCAGUCCCUGACUGCAUCCUCACCAUGUACAUCUGGCAACGCCUGUGUCAAUGGGGAGUUUGCUCAGUGUGUCAACGGGCAGUACGUCCUCACUUCAUGUGGAUCAGGUUUAAUGUGUGCUGCACUUCCUCUUGUCAACUCUGCUGGAACUAGCAUCACUUGCACCACUCAAGCAGACCUGAACUCUCGUAUUCUUGCCACUGGCGCCACUGCCAACGGAACAAGCACGUCAGGCAGCUCCUCCAGUGCGACCACUACAUCUAGCUCAGCUUCUACAGCUACUUCCACAGCAGGCUCUGGGUCAAAUUCUAACUCAAAUGCUCAGACCUCCCUAACUCUGCUGUCAAGCCUUGUCGCUCCUGAUUUUGCUCAGAACGGUCUGAAUGUAAACACCUCCGAGGCUGGCGAAGUUCCCUCUUUGACCUCUACCAACAACUUCAUCAACUUCUGUGCCACGUUGUCCAAUCUCCCUAUAACGAAUGGCCAACAGAUUAAAGGUGGUUCCUGCAACCCCGCUCCCAUGGGUGCCAUCCCUUCCACCUCGAAUAUGCCCAGCGCCAAGUUUGUCACUCCUACCAACUUGGCUGUUCUUCCAGCGGAUACCACUUUCCAGGUGACGCUGGCGGUGAAACAACUCCAGACUGGGUUCUUUGUUAAUGCGGAUACCAAUUACUUUUCCGCUCCCCAACAAAUCGAUCCUACAUCUGGGCAAAUUCAGGGUCACGCCCACUUCGUUAUCGAGGCGCUUCAGUCCCUUACGCAGACUACCCCAACCGACCCCACCAAGUUCGCAUUUUUCCUUGGUCUGAACGGCAAGGCAGAUGCAAACGGUCAACUUUAUGCCAACGUCACUGGUGGUUUGCCUGAGGGGACGUAUAAGAUGUCCACCAUUAUCAGCGCGAUGAACCAUCAACCAGCUCUUGUCGCUGUGGCGCAGCACGGGUCAUUGGAUGACCAGAUCUACUUCACUGUAGUUGCCCCUGGCCAGAACGGCACGACCACGACAACAACCUCCAUCGGUGGCUCGGGUGUCUCUUCCGUGCCCGCGGGUUCCAGCACUUGACCCUCACAAGUACGCCCGCAACCGUGAGUCCCACACCCACCAAAGACUGCACAUCAUACGACAAUUCCCGUGCUGUAAUGGUGCAUACUGCUCACGACCUUAUGGCAAGGCUUGUCUGGCUUGAAUUUAUAGAUUACUACUUUCCUUGCAUUCUCGUUCAUUGAAUUUACGUCGCACGAUUUAUAGUGGGCAAGAUUGUUCUCAUCAAUUUCAGUGUAGCCUUUAUGUACUAAUAUGUAGCUAUUGCCUUAGGUCAUUACCUUACAUCAAAUAGUUCUGUCACUCCAUAAAUGAAAUUGCUUUUAUUGUCGUU